AUGGCGCCCAAAGAUGCAGUUGAUAUCUCUUCAUUCUGCACCACGCAGCUCGCGCUCCUAGACGCAGAACUCCAAUCUGAGCUCUCAGAGACCUCAUCACUCAUCACAAACACCUCCCCAGCAUCCCUCCAACGGGCUGGCAUCGCCAUCACGAACCUCGUGCUCUCCUCUCUCCGAACCGGUCUCGGAGGCAAGACGGUCGUCGAGCUGUCCCCGGACUCGGCGACGGCGAGCAAGAAGAGCAAGGAUGGCGAUGGCGAGCUUCCCGAGCACGGGAUCCGCACGGGGGAUAUCGUUGUGGUGAGCGAGCAGCCGGCUGGGAGCGCGAAGAAGAGGGAGGUGCGGGAGAUGGAGGAGAAGGGGGCGAGGGGCGUGAUCACCAAGGUCACGCGGGGGGCUGUCUGGGUGGCGCUUGAUGGAGAGGAGGACGACGUGCCCGGUGCGAAGAGGAUGUGGAUUGUCAAGCUGGCGAACGACGUUACUUACAAACGGCAAACUUUGAACUUGCUGCUGAAGAUGAAGCCCGACGAGUAUUCCGGUUUCGUGCAGGUUCUGUUUGGGCUGGGUAGCCCGUCGCCCGUUUCUGGAGACUUGAGUGGGGGCGAUAGAGGCAGGCUGGAGUGGAUUGAUCCUAGUCUCAACGACUCACAGAAGGACGCUAUUCGUUUUGCUUUGGCUUCGAGAGAGGUUGCUCUUAUUCAUGGUCCUCCCGGGACUGGCAAAACCCAUACAUUGAUUGAGUUGAUAUUGCAAAUGUUGAAGCAGAACUUGCGGGUUCUGGUAUGCGGACCUUCAAACAUCUCAGUUGACAACAUAGUCGAACGUCUGGCUCCGCACAAGAUCCCUAUUGUCCGACUUGGACAUCCAGCGCGACUUUUACCUUCUGUACUCAAUCACUCUCUGGAUGUCCUUACGCAAACUUCGGAGGCUGCUGCGAUUGUCAAGGAUGUCCGAAAGGAGAUGGACACGAAGCAAGCCUCGAUAAAGAAGACGAAAAGUGGUCGAGAGCGUAAGGCGAUCUAUGGCGACUUGAAGGAACUUCGCAAAGAAUUCAGGGAAAGAGAAAGGAAGUGCAUUGGAAGUCUUAUCAAGGGAAGCAAAGUUGUACUUGCAACUUUGCACGGCGCCGGAGGGUUUCAAACGAAGGACGAAGUCUUUGACGUGGUCAUCAUAGACGAGGCGAGUCAGGCUCUGGAGGCACAAUGCUGGGUUCCUCUUCUCAGGGCCAGCAAGGUCGUGCUUGCCGGUGAUCAUCUCCAGCUGCCGCCAACGAUCAAGACGCUGAACUCGAAGACCAAAAAGUCCAAGGCGGUGGAAACAGAGGGUAUCAUCAAGGGUAUGACUCUGGAGACUACUCUGUUCGAUCGGCUACUUGCUCUCCAUGGUCCCGCGAUCAAGAGGAUGCUCACGACGCAGUAUCGCAUGCACGAAAAAAUCAUGAGAUUUCCAUCGGAUGAAUUAUACGAGUCAAAGCUCAUUGCAGCUGAUGGGGUGAAAACCCGGAUUUUGAAGGAACUGCCUUACGAGGUAGCGGAGACUGAGGACACAACUAAGCCUUUGAUAUUCUACGACACUCAAGGCGGCGACUUCCCCGAGAAGAACGAAGAGGAGGAGGUCGAUAAGAAGGCCGGGAAGGGCAUGAUGGGCGACAGCAAGAGCAAUGAGAUGGAGGCAGCGCUGGUGAGGCAGCAUGUCCAGAGCUUGGUCGAUGCUGGUGUCGAGCCUGAAGAUAUCGCCGUCAUCACGCCCUAUAAUGCCCAGCUUGCACUAAUUAAGAGCUCGAUCAAGGAGGCUUUUCCAGGCAUUGAAUUGGGCAGUGUAGACGGAUUUCAGGGAAGGGAGAAGGAGGCCGUCAUCGUCAGCCUCGUCAGAAGCAAUUCAGACAAGGAGGUGGGAUUCCUAGGUGAGAAACGCAGACUGAACGUCGCUAUGACGAGGCCGAAGCGUUCACUCGUGGUGAUUGGCGAUUCCGAAACGCUACAGGGCAACAAAUUCCUCAAACGAUGGAUGGAGUUUCUCGAGGAACACUCAGAUCUCCGCUACCCCUCGGCCGCGGACCUCAAUACACAAUGA